AUGCGCUCGUGUUCAACCAUAAUCGAUAGACGAAUGCAGGUGCCCUGCCUCCCUUACACACGCACUCUCUAACAUCACCACGCAUUCUUUCCCCACUGUGCAGUCUCUUCUUUUUUUUCCUCUCACCACCAGCACCACCACCACCACCACCACACUGGAUAUUAAAGAAUCACCCACAGGACCUUAUAGCUCCGUGAUCAUCAAACAUUUGGAAGAUCAUUUUUCAUUUUGAGAAGGCAGGGGCGCGGAGGAGACGACGGAGGGAGACGCCAGCCUCCAGGACAGACCACUUGACACCUCGAUAUGCAGUAGGUAGUGUGAACGCGAUUCUGCGGAGACUAUAGCAAGGCCAUUCCAUGGCAUCUUGAGAUUAAAAAACAGUGGUCCGCUCUGUGGCUCUGUCAAUUUUUUUUUUUUUGGUCAACGACGGUGAAGAAGUGGGUUUUUUUGUGGGGGGGAAAGAAAUCUCUCAAUAAUUCAAUCCCAGCACAUUCCGUCUGGGGGUAUCGUGUGGGCUUAUCAUUGGGACCUACGAUGGACACCGACGCGGGGAAAUGUGGAAUGGCCCGUCUUGGAUUCUUCCUUCUGCUCCUCGUUCUGUGGAGGUCUGGCGACGGGUGCCCCGCAUCGUGCUCUUGCAGCAUCUCGCGGAUUGCUUGUAUUGAUUCUGUACCGGGCAUCGAGGAUUUCCCGUUUCUUACGUUGGAUGACAUGGAAAACAUCACCGAAAUAUACAUUGCGAAUCAAAAUAGAGUGUCCGACAUCAAUGACAACAGUCUGAAGUACUACAUAAACCUACGGAAUUUAACAGUAAUCAAGUCUGGAUUGACUUUUGUUACACCAGAUGCAUUCUUCAACAACACAAGACUCCAAUAUGUAAAUCUCAGAGACAACAACUUAUCAACACUGUCAUGGAAGACAUUUCAAAAUCUGAACACUAGUUACACGCUGCUCCUCUCUGGUAACCCCCUGGCAUGUGUGUGUGGGAACCUGUGGAUCAAACUGAGGCUCCAGGAAGACCCUGACGGCCAGGACCUGAAGUGCAUCGACGACUCGGGAGUGGGUCGGUCCUUGAUGGAGAUCACUCCCCCGGACUGUGUGUUUCCCCAGGUAGAGGUCACCCCCUCCAUCGUCACCAUGAUGAAAGGCAGCGACGUGAAGGCCGUGUGUCAGGCCUCGGCUACCCGGCCCCCGGAUCUCUGGAGGUUGGAUGCUGUCAUGCUGUCCACCAGCUACGAGAUCGAUGUAUCGGAACUGGAAAGCGGGCUGUCUCUCUCGGGGCUCUCACCCGAAGACAACGGCAAGGAGAUCUUCUGUAGCGCGGAGAACGUGGUGGGCCAGACCGAGGCGAGCCUGAAGCUCAACGUCCUCUGUAAGGAGCCCUCUUUUACUUACUCAAAGGUGCUGUGGCUACCACGUAAAGGUGGUAUUAUGCCACCAGUCUACGAUGAUAUUUCCCCCCCAGGAUCCCCAAUUCCUCCCUUGGACGACAGCGUGGCCGUGUACGUGGUGGUCGGCAUCGCAGGGGUGGCCCUGACCGGCUGUGUUCUCAUGGUGGUCAUCCUGAAGUACGGAAGGAACUCCAAGUUUGGUAUGAAAGGCUCCUCCUCGGUCAUCAGCAACGACGACGACUCGGCCAGCCCUCUCCAUCACGUCUCCAACGGCAACAACACGCCGUCGUCCUCGGAGAUGGGCCCGGAUGCGGUGGUCAUCGGCAUGACAAAGAUCCCCGUCAUCGAGAACCCGCAGUACUUCCGCAACUCGGGCGGCAUGCUGAAAUCCGACACGUUCGUCCAGCACAUUAAGAGGCACAACAUUGUGCUGAAGAGAGAGCUGGGGGAAGGGGCCUUUGGCAAGGUCUUCCUGGCUGAGUGCUACAACCUGACCACAGAGCAGGAGAAGAUCCUGGUGGCAGUGAAGACGCUGAAGGAGGCCAGCGAGAGCGGCCGGGCGGACUUCUACCGGGAGGCGGAGCUUCUGACCAACCUGCAGCACGAGCACAUCGUGACGUUCUACGGCGUGUGCGUGGAGAGCGACCCGCUCAUCAUGGUGUUUGAGUACAUGAAGCACGGCGACCUCAACAAGUUCCUACGGGCUCACGGCCCCGAUGCCGUGCUGAUGGCCGACGGCCAGCACAGCCUCAUGGUGGAGCUCACCCAGUCCCAGAUGCUCCACAUCGCCCAGCAGAUCGCCGCGGGCAUGGUGUACCUGGCCUCCCAGCACUUUGUGCACAGAGACCUGGCCACCAGGAACUGCCUGGUGGGGGAGAACCUGCUGGUCAAGAUAGGGGACUUCGGCAUGUCCAGGGACGUCUACAGCACAGACUAUUACAGAGUGGGCGGUCACACCAUGCUGCCCAUCCGAUGGAUGCCCCCGGAGAGCAUCAUGUACCGUCGGUUCACCACGGAGAGCGACGUGUGGAGCCUGGGGGUGGUGCUCUGGGAGAUCUUCACCUACGGCAAGCAGCCCUGGUACCAGCUCUCCAACAACGAGGUGAUCGAGUGCAUCACCCAGGGCCGGGUGCUGCAGCGACCCCGCACCUGCCCCAAGGAGGUGUACGACCUGACGCUGGGCUGCUGGCAGCGGGAACCCUACAUGAGGCUCAACAUCAAGGAGAUCCACAGCCUGCUGCAGAGCCUGGCCAAGGCCUCCCCGGUCUACCUGGACAUCCUGGGUUGAGGGGGCUGGGGGGGGCUUG